UUCAUCAUCGUAAACGAAGUCAAAAUCCAACCCGUCGAGAACCACCGUAAACAGAAAGAAAACAGACCGUCUUCACCAUUUCCCACAAUUAUAUAAAUCCGCUUGUUACACUUCUGCUGAACUACAAUACCUGAUGGUAAACAAAAUUUAAGAGAGUAUUAAGGAUCAAGCAAAGAGAAGUCAAAAUUUAAAAAUUCAUCUUGAAUUAAACUGGAUAAGACAGAUAGAAGACAACGCCAAAAUGUCGUCAGCAGAACUGUUACAACCGGCUACAGACCAUCAGCCAGUACCUAGUACCAUGUCACAAGGCCAUGUGGCAGCAUGGGGAGGUGCUGGACUGGCUACAGACCCACCAGUGACCUCCAGUCCAUGGGCAUCUUUACAGACAACACAGACCAAGGAACAAUCCUCUCCUUCCUCCUUCCGUGAUCUUAUGUCAGAGGACCUUGCUCAGAGCAUCCAGGAGCAAGAGAAUGAGAUGUACUACAAGGCACUAAUUGGUGGAGCAACUGAUGUAAACAACAUCUUCAGCCUUGGCAAAGUAGAGGAUACAUCAGAAGAUUUAAUCUUAGCACAGGUACUGCAGUAUGAGUAUGAUCGCGAGUAUGACCAGCAGUUGAAUCGUGAAGAGAGGCACUACAAUGGCAAUUCUAAAGUUUCAGUAUCAUUCAACAAGUUUAAGAUAUGCCCUGAUUGGUAUGGGCCUGAUAGUGAGGAUGACCCUGAGGAACUGGAUGAAGACAACAGAGAUUUUGACUCUUUUGAGGCACGUGAACGUGACGAUCCAAUCAUUCCACCUUGUGGAUAUGUCAAGCAUGGUAAGAACAUUGUGACCAAGCACGACCUUGCAAUUAGCGGUCGUAAAAAUGCUGAACGGAUCAUGAACCUCCCCCCUGGAAUAAACACAGGAGAUGGUGGAGGAUUUGACAUGCAUCUGUCAAACAAGGUUUAUAACAAGCUACAGCGUGCUGCAAAUAAAGAAACCAAAGGAAAGAACCGUGUUCACGAUAAGGUGGAAAAAGCCACAGCUGAGAUGGCUCUGGAUCCAAACACACGACUGUUGAUUUUCAAAUUAGUAAACAAUGCUAUUUUGGAAACUGUGAAUGGUGUCAUUAGUUCAGGCAAAGAAGCUGUUGUUAUUCAUGCGAAUGGAGGGCAAAUUGAAGAUAAGGAAAUUUCAGAAGAGUGUGCUGUGAAGGUUUUCAAAACAACCCUAACUGAUUUCAAAACACGUGAACGCUACAUCCGGGAAGAUUAUCGCUUCAAAGACAGAAUGACUAAGAAUAACACACAGAAGUCUAUUCGUCUGUGGGCUGAGAAAGAGUAUCACAACCUGCGACGUCUACAGCGUGCUGCCAUACCUUCACCAGAGCCAAUAAUGAUUAAGAAGCAUGUCCUGGUGAUGUCAUUUAUUGGCCGCAACCAUCAGGCUGCUCCUAAGCUGAAGGAUGCUUAUCUGUCAUCUUGUGAUCUUUCCAUUGCAUAUGAGCAAGUGGUGGAGGCAAUGGUGAAGAUGUUCCAAGGCUGCCACCUUGUUCACGCUGAUUUGAGUGAAUACAACAUCUUGUGGCAUGAAGGUCGUUGCUGGAUCAUUGAUGUGGGUCAGGCUGUUGAACCAUCACACCCAAAUGCCCUACACUUCUUACACCGUGAUUGUUCUAACAUCAUUAAGUUCUUCCAGUCUAAAGGGCUUCCACAGUUGCCAACUCCUCUUCAGCUGUUUGAGAAAGUGAGUGGCAUUUCUCUCCCUGGGCCAGAGGAUGAAGCAGCAAGGAUGAUUUAUGAAUAUGAAGCCCAUCAAGAGCUCUGGCGCCAGAAAAUGAAUAGCACAAACCGUAACUUUGAGUUCCUGUGGGAGGAAAUCCAAGCAGAAGAGAAGCUAGAGAAAGAGAAGAACAAAAUGAGUUAUAGAGUUGAAGAGGAGGAGGAGGAUGAAGACGAAGAAGAAAAGGAAAAGGAAGAGGAGGAAGAAAGUGAUGAUUUACUGGAAGAAUUUGUUGUUAUCGAUGAGACCGGAGAAGAGCUGAUACCACCAGCAAAAAGCGAGCCUAAGAAAAGUAUCCUUAAGAAAGAGAAGAGCAUUGGAGAAGAAAGGACAUCAGAGAUAGCAGAGAGGCUUGUGGGAUGUUCCCUUGAAAGGGAGAAGCACCCAGACACGGCUGAGGGGUCGAAUGAAACCAUCCAUUGCAGAGUGUCCUUCCUGGAUGAGGAAUUCCCCAGUCUGAGUUCCGGGGCACAAGCAGGUUCCCCUGAUAGUAAGACCAGCAGCAAACAGGGCAAGAAAAAGAAGGCCAAAAACAGGAAAAUUAAGUAAUCUCUACAUCGAGUGUCAAUCGAGAACCAUACAUGUGAUGAUAAUAUAUAUUUUUUUUACAAAAGUUUUCUUUAUGUGACGGCAUUUCCUUCUAAUUUAUUUCAGGAGUGAUUUGAUUCUAAUGUAUGUGCAUAUGUAUAUACAUAUGUAUACAUACACACAAGUACCUACAUACUUAUAUGAAAUUUUUGAUAACUGUAGUUUUUUAUUUUUGGUGCCUGAGUUAGGCUUUUGAGAUUUGGGAAAUAACUAUAUGGUACAGUAUUCUACAGCUCCGUAUGAGUGGAAAUUAUUAUAAGGUUUGUUAAAUGUGAUUGUGUGAUUAUUGGUAUUAGUUAAUGGUUCUGUCUUUAGUUAAAGGAUACAAAAGAAAGGUGUUCAUAUUUAGUAGUAAGAAACUUGUUUUGUUUCUGUUCCUCUGUAUGAGUUGUCAUUUGUCAAGGAUGAAACCACUGACCUAUUUUUUGGUUUUGUUUUGUUUACUUGAAGUUUGUGACAGUUGAAUAAAGAUAGUGAUACUCCUACACUUUACAUAACUCUUAUAGGAAAGACAUGAUGCGUAACAAUUUGAACAUACAAGGGGACACUUCAAGUAAUUGGUAAUAUGUAUGGUUGUCAUAGUUGGCAUCAGAAAAUGUUUCUAAUAAGAUAUUCAAAGAUGUAAAUCUUCUGAUCUAAGGUCCUCUUUUUAAAUGUAGUCAUAAUGUAGGUGAUUAAUGACUUACAAAAGUUAACUCUUAUGGUUGUUGUCUACCAUACUCAAUAAUGAUAAAAUGAUAAAAAUAACAAAAAGCUAAAACCCAAAAAAAGGCAUUAUAUGUCCUGCCUAAAGCUAGUUGACUAGUUAUUUUAGCUUUACUCUCACAAACUGUGAAAUGUUAUGUUAAGUUUCAUAGCAAGUAAAAUGGAAAUGGUUUAGUUAUUAUGCAGCAGAUAGGGGCAAAGUUUAUUUGUGGAGUAUAUAAGAUUGUACCAGACAAAGGAUCCAAGUAUAUUUUGGAAUAUGUGUAUUGCUUGUACCCAGUAACUGCACUAUGUUCAGGGUAUAUAGAAGUGUCUAUUAUCAAAUGACAUGUAAGAGAAUUACUGUGGGUAAUGAUAAAAUGUAACUUGGAAAGAUUUAAAUGGAAAUGUUAAGAAACAAAGAGCCUGUAAUAAGAGCAGUACUGUAGAUUGACAUCAAUAAAACAUCAGCGGUACUAUAGAA